AUGGCGCCGAUUCCAAUCACUAUCAUCACCGGUUUCCUCGGCUCCGGCAAGACGACGUUGAUCCUCAACCUCCUCCCGCAGCUCAAGGCCAAGAACCCGGACUACAAGCUCGCCCUGCUAAAGAACGAGUUCGGCGACCUGGCCGUCGACUCGCAGCUCGCGUCCUCCAGCGCCAUCUCGGGCGUGCAGGAGCUGCUGAACGGCUGCAUCUGCUGCAACCUCGUCGGCCAGCUCAGCACGGCGCUCGAGGAGCUGCAGGCGACGGUCCGGCCCGACCGCAUCGUCGUCGAGACCUCCGGUUCGGCCUUCCCCGCGACGCUGGCCCUCGAGGUGAACCGCCUGGCGCGCGAGACGGGGAACUAUGUCCUGGACGGCGUCAUCAGUGUCAUCGACACGGAGAACUGGAAGGGUUACGAGGACACGAGCUACACGGCCCGCAUACAGGCCCGGUACACCGACCUGAUCGUGUUCAACAAGUGGGAGCUUUGCGACGAGGACCGCUUCGACGAGGUGCUGGACCGCGUGGGCGACCUGGAGAUGGAGAUACCGUGGGUGAAGAGCCGCAAGGGCUGGGUCGGCGCGGAUGUCAUCUUCGGCGUGGACGGUGGGCUCGCGCAGGGGCUGACGGAGGAGACCGAGGAGCACAGCCACGACCACGACGGGAAGGAUCACGCGCACGACCACCAGACCGAGGUCGAGGUGCUGUCGGUGGAGUUGAAGGGCCCCAAGGGGGCCGCGGUCAACGCGGAGAAGCUGCAUGGUCUGCUGCGCGCGGCGCCGAAGGACGAGGUAUACCGCAUCAAGGCGGUUCUGACGGCCUCGUCGACGGUGCGGGGCUCCGACGAGGACGGCGCCGCGCCGACCCCGCCGCACCCGCAGGGCCGGUACAUCCUCAACUGGGCGUUCGGCCGUUGGACGUUUACGCCGAUCGCCGCCGAGGAGCAUGCUUCGAGCGAGGGGUCGUUGCUGCGGAUGACGAUGAUUUUGGGACGAUACGAGAGCGGCAAGUGGAAGAAGAAGCUCGAGACGGGCGACUACUUGGAGGUUGAGGGCGGGGAGGGCGAGCUGUCUGUGUCCAAGAUUUUAUGA